AUGGACUUCCAAUCAGUCAACAAGCUUUCUGAGGACUAUGGGCCAAUUUUCAGUCUGCGGAGAGGCACUGACAAAUUAGUGUUUGUCUCUGGAUACAAGAUGGUCAAAGAGGCCCUGGUCAACCAGCUGGACAGCUUCACAGAGCGCCCCGUAAUCCCUCUGUUUCAUGUCAUUUUCAAAGGCAUUGGGAUAGCGUUGAGCAAUGGUUACCUCUGGAAGAAGCAGAGGAAGUUUGCCAAAACACAUCUACGUUACUUUGGGGAUGGACAGAAGACCCUGGAGAAGUACAUAGAACAAGAAUGUACUUUCCUGUGCGAGAGCUUCAAAGAGGAGCAAGGGAAAGCAUUCAACCCUCAGGCCACUGUCGCUAAUGCUGUGAGUAACAUCAUCAGCUCCGUGGUAUUUGGACACCGCUUUGAGUACACAGAUGAGCGCUUUCGCAGGAUUCUGCAGCUGGACGCUGAGGCUGUUCUUUUGUCCGGUUCCACCAUUGCCCAACUGUAUGAUGUGGCCCCCAGUCUAAUGAAGCACUUACCUGGUCCACAUCAGACUGUCCACAAAAACUACUUUCAGAUCUUGGAUUUUCUGAUGCAAGAAAUAAAGACCCAUCAGGAGAAUGUAAACCCGGACGAUCCUCGAGACUACAUAGACGUUUACCUGCUCGAGAUGGAGAAGAAAAAGGAGGACCCGCUGGCCGGCUUUAACCUGGAGACGCUGCUGGUGUGCACCUUAGACCUAGUGGAGGCUGGGACUGAAACCACAGCCACCACUCUGCGCUGGGCUCUGGUCUUCAUGAUGAACUACCCAGAGAUACAGGAAAAGGUGCAGGCAGAGAUCGAUGCUGUGAUUGGCCAGUCCAGGCAGCCCGUCCUCACAGACCGGCCGCACAUGCCCUACACAGACGCUGUGAUCCACGAGGUGCAGAGAGUCGGAAACCUUCUGCCUCUGGGUUUCCCCAAAAUGGCCAGCAAAGACACCACUCUGGGAGGAUAUUUAAUUCCCAAGGGCACAGUUAUGGCGUCCAAUCUUUCAUCAGUGCUGUUUGACAAAAAUGAAUGGGAGACGCCGGAUGUGUUUAACCCGGAGCACUUCCUGGAUGCAGAGGGACGCUUCCGAAGAAGAGAAGCAUUUUUGCCAUUUUCUGCUGGUAAACGUAUGUGUUUGGGAGAGCACAUGGCCAAGAUCCAGCUGUUCCUGUUCUUCGCGGCUCUCCUGCAGCGCUUCAGCCUGAGGGCGGCUCCAGGAGAGAUGCCCAGUCUGAUGGGCGUCCAGGGCUUCACCAACUCCCCGGAGCAGUUUCGGGUGAUAGCUGUGCCACGCUAA